AUGCCCCCCAAAUCCCAAGACCAGGCCGAUGACAAGCGCCAAGCGGCCAGAGAAGUCAUCGAUAUUCUCCAGGAGAUCUCCGACCUGCUGAAUACGAACCUCGAUCGAACGGAGCUAUCGCUUUGUGUGUCUCUUAUUGAAAAUGGAGUGAACCCCGAUGCUUUGGCGACUGUCAUUAAGGACCUGCGCAAGGAAACUGCUGCUUCAAAGCGAGUAGGCAAUGUUCCUGCCGUGGAGUAA